CUUCCUGGCUAGUCUCUAUGGUUGCGCCGGCGUGGGCCGUCUCGGCGCCUGGCGAGUACUGAGGCUCCCAACUUUGCGGCGGCUCUGAGCGCGGCGGAGCUCGGUGCGGCGCGAUGUCCGAGAAGAAGCAGCCUGUCGACCUGGGUCUCCUGGAAGAGGACGACGAGUUCGAGGAGUUUCCCGCGGAAGACUGGGCUGGCUUAGAUGAAGAUGAAGAUGCGCAUGUCUGGGAGGAUAAUUGGGAUGAUGACAAUGUGGAAGAUGACUUCUCCAAUCAGUUACGCGCUGAGCUCGAGAAGCACGGGUACAAGAUGGAAACGUCAUAGCAUCCAGGAAGCAAGAACCUCAACAUGGACUGUGGGCUAAAUUCUAGGACAAGGAGCAAGGAAGGGAUACUUUAAAGUUAUUUCAUUAUCUGCUUGGAUUUAUUUUUGUUUUAUAACAAAAUAAAUAAAUGUUUUGAUCUAA